AACAUGCCUAAGAAGAAGACUGGAGCUCGUAAGAAGGCUGAGAACCGCCGAGAACGUGAGAAGCAGAUAAGAGCUUCAAGAGCCAACAUAGAUCUGGCCAAACAUCCUUGUAAUUCUUCAAUGGAAUGUGAUAAGUGCCAAAGACGACAGAAGAACAGAGCUUUUUGCUACUUCUGUAAUUCUGUCCAGAAAUUACCCAUUUGUGCACAAUGUGGAAAAACCAAAUGCAUGAUGAAGUCUUCAGACUGUGUUAUAAAGCAUGCUGGUGUAUACAGCACUGGACUGGCAAUGGUGGGGGCGAUCUGUGAUUUCUGCGAGGCUUGGGUGUGCCACGGCAGGAAGUGUCUGAGCUCUCACGCCUGUGUCUGCCCUCUGGCCGAGGCUGAAUGUAUUGAGUGCGAAAGGAGUGUCUGGGACCACGGAGGCAGAAUAUUCACCUGCUCUUUUUGCCAUGACUUCCUCUGUGAAGAUGACCAGUUUGAACAUCAAGCCAGCUGCCAAGUUCUGGAAGCAGAGACUUUUAAAUGUGUUUCCUGUAACAGGCUGGGGCAGCAUUCAUGCCUGCGGUGCAAGGCUUGUUUUUGUGAUGACCAUGUGCGAAGUAAGGUGUUCAAGCAGGAGAAGGGAAAAAAGCCUCCUUGCCCUAAGUGUGGCCACGAAACUCAGCAGACAAAGGACCUGAGCAUGUCAACGCGCUCGCUGAAGUUCGGCCGCCAGACUGGAGGGGAAGAUCCAGACGGAGCCUCUGGUUACGAUGCCUACUGGAAAAACCUCUCCUCCAGCAAGGCUGGAGAUGCAGGGGACCAUGAGGAUGGAUACGAUGAGGAUGAAGCAGAAGAUGAUGAUGAAGAUGACAACUAUGAGGGAGGGAAGGAUUCUGAUCCUGAGAUGACGGAUGUGUUCAGCAAUUUGAAUUUGGGAAGGACCUAUGCUAGUGGCUAUGCACAUUAUGAGGAAUCAGAAGAUUAA